AUGGCCAACGUCACAACGAUGGGGACGGCGGCAGCGGGUGCAUCAACCACACAGAGCCCGGGUGCAUUUCAAUCGUUGGCACGCAACAACAGCUACGUCAUACCGGGCCUGUACGAUUUGAACGUGGAGGACACGAACUGGGUCCUCACGUCAUCGUUCAUCAUCUUCACCAUGCAGACCGGGUUCGGGAUGCUCGAGUCCGGUUGCGUCUCGGUGAAGAACGAGGUCAACAUCAUGAUGAAGAACAUCAUCGACAUUGUGCUGGGCGGGUUCACGUACUGGCUGUUCGGGUACGCGAUGGCCUUUGGACGAGGCGAGCUGAACAAUCCGUUCGUUGCGCUCGGUGACUUUCUCAUCGAUCCCGGUGUUAGUGAUCCACUGUUCGGGCCGAUCUUUGCGGCGUUCCUGUUUCAGCUGUCCUUCUCCACGACAGCCACCACGAUCGUCAGUGGUGCAAUGGCGGAAAGGUGUAACUUCAAAGCGUACUGCAUCUUCUCCUUUUUCAACACGAUCGUCUACUGCAUACCGGCCGGUUGGGUUUGGGGUGAACAUGGGUUCCUCAAGAACCUGGGUGUCGUGGAUAUAGCGGGCAGUGGACCGGUACAUCUGAUCGGCGGAGCAUCGGCAUUCGCUUCGGCCGCAAUACUUGGACCACGGUUGGGUCGAUACGCGAAGGGUACCGAUCCGUUACCGCUCGGCAAUCCGGUAAACGCAUGCAUGGGUCUGUUCGUCCUGUGGUGGGGCUGGUUGGCGUUCAACUCGGGCAGUACGUAUGGAGUCAGUGGUGCGAAAUGGGCGUAUGCGGCCCGUGCCGCUGUGAUGACAAUGAUGGGCUCGUUUGGUGGUGGAAGCUUUAGCAUCGUUUAUUCCAUGAUAAACAACGACGGACGCAUGGAUGUGGUAGAUCUGAUCAAUGGCAUUCUGGCCUCACUCGUGUCAGUUACGGCCGGAUGCUAUCUCUACCACGCGUGGGAAGCGAUCCUGAUCGGUGCGAUCGGUUCCGCAUUGUGUUGCUUCGGAAUGCCACUGUUCGAUCGGAUGGGUGUCGAUGAUCCUGUUGGAGCUAGUUCCGUUCAUGGAAUUGCCGGGAUUUGGGGAGUGCUAGCGGUGGGCUUCUUUGCGGACAAUCCACUACGCAUGGACACCACCAGUGGACGAUCGGGACUGUUCAAGGGUGGCGGUUGGUAUAUGCUAGGUGUCCAAUCGCUUUCCGCACUCUGUCUCGCCUGUUGGGGCGUCUGUUCUACGUUCGUGCUGCUGUGGCUGAUCAACAAGGUCGUUCCAAUCCGGAUGGACCCGAACGAGGAACUACUCGGCGCUGAUCUGAUGGAACACCGGAUACGUCACACGCAGAUUGGCAUUUCGCGAGCACUCUCCGCACUUGCCCCAAUCCAGCUCGAUCUGGAUGAUGUGAUCGAUGCUCCACCGAUCGGACGUAAUCCUGGCCAUGAUCGAUGUGUGGACGAAAUCCAAGCCGCCAGCCAGAAGCUUCAGCAGUGGAGGGAGGCGAUGGAUAAGUUUGCCGACCGGGCAGAAACGGGAACAAUGAAAUUAAAGCCAAGCGGAUCGCGCCUUCGCACCAAGAGCUUUCUGGGUAGGGCGCACGCAAACGGUAAGGAUAAUGCUGGAUACGAUCGAGAGGGGGGUACCGUUGCAGCGAAGAUGAGUGGCGCAGAAGGAGCAGAAGGCAAAGAAGUGCACCAACUGUCCGUGAUUGGAAGUGAGCGAAGCUACCAAGUAGGUUCUACCGAUCGGAACACCGAUCGUAACUUUGCUUGGAUCGAUUAA